UUAGUCAUUGCCGAGAAAUGGCGGGGGCAGCUGAAGCUCGCUUCCUCUCUCCAUCCUUCCCUUCUUCUCACUGCAUUUUAAAAUCGAUGAAGAUUCAAUCGUCUUUUUCUUCUCUUUCACUCCCGCACAAACCCAUCAAUAAAACUAACAGAAAAAACUACCUCCGCCCAAAGCUUCCAAUAUCCCCAAAUUGCCCCUCCCCCCUCCAACAAAUCCCAAACCCCACAAAAGAUCUCUUCCAAGAAGAAGGAAAGAAAGAACAAGAAAAAGAACAGGAUCAAGAUGUUCAAGGAAAAGAUGGAAAGACAGAGCUCGAUCUUUCCUCUUCAGCAAUUUCGAAUCCUUUCACUUUCGGUUAUGGGAAUUCAUUCGUCAAGAUCGCUUUGUGUGGCUUUGGCCUCUUUGUAUUCCAAACCAUAUGUACCGUUUGGUUUCUGAGUAAAGCUGAUCCUGAUGAGAAGUCCAGGUCUGAAUAUUCAGGGGCUGGCAGUUCGCUGCCGGAAGAAGUGGACCAGAGCAAGAUUGGUGAUGUGGGUGUGUCUUUAAAUGAGCCAGAGGUCGAAAAGAAAGUCUCGGAAAUUCGGAUCAUGGCAAAGGAAGCCCGGGCUGUCGAGCGGAAGAAUAAGACGAAUGCCAGUCCAGACUCUUCGUCUGUAGUUGGGGAGGAUGGCAAUGAAAUUGUGGUUGAAGAUGGUGUUUCUAGCAUUAAAACUGAGAUUCGGAAAGAGGUAGAUCAGCAUUUGGUUAGUUUACUGAAGGAUCUUCGAUUACGUAAGGAGAAGAACCUGAACUCGUCAAGUUUGGAUACCAAAGGUGGGAAUUCGGCACUCGGGAAGAAACCCAAGUCCGUAAUUCCAUCUAUGAAUGCGAGAAAUUAUCCAAAUGGUUUUGGGGUGUUGAAGAAUUACCGGAGUAGGAGUGAAAGUGAUGGUAAUGGUUUGGAUUCAUCGGAUCAAGAACGGGGAGUGGACGUAUCAGAUGGUAAUUUUAAGGAAAGUGGCGUGGCGGGAACAGAAGAAGAAGAAUCUUGGUGGUUGAGAGAUGAGGUUUUCGAAGGGAUUGUGAAGAAGGUUUGUGCGAAUGAAGAAGCUGGUAGAGACCUAUUUGGCGGUUUGGAUUCGGAAGAGGAGAUUAGUUUCUUUCAAGUGUUGGAGAGGAAGUUUGAGAGAGAAGGGGAGAGCGCGAAGCAGUGGAUGGAGGAGAAACUUGAGGGGAUUGAUUUCAGGAAUGGUGGCAUUCGGGAAAGCAGUGAAGUGAGCCCUCUGCGAAAACCUGUCGGGCCAUAUGAAAUGAUUCAAUCAACUGCACGAGGAAAUGUAUCUGAUAUCACCACCACGUCGGAGAGUGCCCAUGGCACUACUAUCAGUGGUAUCAAGAACAAUGGUACUCUUCGGGUGGAUUUUCAGAAAGAUCCUCCUGUUGGAGAUGCUAGUUCACAUUGUGAUGAUCAGUCCUCCCAAAUUUCUCAAGGGAAAAGUAACCCAAGUGAAGGUUCGGAAAUGGGAACUAAAUCAAGGGAAUUGGAGACUCAAAAUUUUCAAAGUUCCAUAAAUGGAAACCAGGACAUGUCCACAGUAUCUAGGAAGCAGUUUCCAUCAACCGGCAAUGGCAGCUCCAAGAAAGGGCUACGAACUAGAAGAGCUGAACACAAAUCAGUGCGUCGCAAAGUUAAAGAUGGCCAGUCAGAUGUUGAGACUACUUUGUGGUGGAUGAAACUUCCACACGUUUUUGCUGUUUUUUGGCUCAGAGAGUCCAACCCGAAAGGCACAAGUGGACUUUAUUCCUUAGAGAUGAAUUCCCAUUCAGAAGUCGAAAGACUUUGUCUUGUUGCUUUUGAGGACCGUGGUGAUGCCACUAACAUGUGCCAUAUACUGAAAUCAUUUUUUCAAGAUCUGGGCGAUUUCAGUGCUGAAGCCAUUCUGUUGUCAAUAAAAGAAGUUGAAGAAAUAAUGAAGUCUAAGGGUGUGAUGGCAACUGUUGUUAAGAAGGGGCAGCUUCAGCUUUACGCUGGACAGGCGCUUGAGGAUGUCGAAAGGGCUUUGCAUUCCAUUUUAGAAUAAAAUUCUCAGAGAAAGACACCGAAAAGGAAAGUCGGCAAGAAAGAAGCAGAAGAAAACAGGAUGAUUGGUGAACAAGAAGACGGACAUAAGAGAUUUGAAUCAAAGUUAAAGGCAUCGGCAUCAACUGCAACUCCUUCAAUUGGUCAGAGGCUGUCAUUUUUUUUUCUCCAUCUCUCUCUCUCUCUCUUUUAUGGAAGUUCCUUAAUUCAUUCUUCUCUCAUUUGUGCAAGUUGUACUUUCAUUUCUUUGGAAAGAUAAAGGUUCUCCACUUUCA